AGCUGAGCGUGUCACAUUGUCCAGCCGACCGGCUGCUGGGAGAUGGCGGCUCGGCGGCAAGUUGUAGCCUGGCUCAGCAAGGCUGAAUGGGAGCAGGUCCUGGAGUAUCUGUACAGCAGGGACUGCAAGCUCCAGCGGGAUGCGCUGCACCGGAUAUCGGCCUGGAAGAGCAGGUAUGGGAACAGAAUGCCACUGGCUGUGGAGUGCACUGCGGACCUCGUGCGCUGUAAAAUUCUGGACAUGAGCGGUGGAAUGGAAGCCGAGGAACUUGUUCUACUUUAUGGACUUGCUCUUGUAAGGUUUGUAAAUUUAAUCACAGAGCGAAAGCAGAAAACUGUAUCUAUUCCUUUGAGGCGUUUGGCCAAUGAGCUAAAGAUCCCAGAAUGGGUGGUAACUCUUCGGCACGAUGUCACUCACGGGAAACUGCCAAAACUGAGCAUGUGUCGGAAAGGCUGGGACUGUGUGAUGGAAUGGCUGAGACGGGAGUACUGGUCGCGCCAACUGGGUAACUCUGAAACUCCUCAGUGGGUGGAAGAUGAGGAGUCGUUAUCAGAAGAAGCAGAAGAAGUUCAACCACAACCGUCUUAUAAAGAACAAAAACACCAGGCUCUGGCUGUUAAAUUAAGAGAGACGCUGCACUCUUAUACAAGGGAACAGUUUAAGAUUUUUCAAGAACUUCUCCAAGAUCCCAAAGCUAAAAAGCAGUGGAGUGCCACCUCAGACCUGGAGUGGACCAUAGCCCAGGCCAAGGACUCGAUCCGACAAAGCAGCGCAGAGACUGCCGCAGAGAUUCUUCUUGAGGAUGGCUUUUUAAUACCUACUGCCAAACAACUAGUAACCCUGAAGAUUGACCAGGAAGAUUUUGAUGAAAACCUGCAUCUCCCGCGUAUGCUAUUCCGUGUUUGGCAGCCAUUGCUGAAGGUCUUGCAUUCCCAGGAUUUUACUCAGGAGCUGUUGGAGAAAAUGUUUUCGGCGUUGGGGCUUUGCGGGGAUGCUGACAUUGAGCAGAGAGCGCACUAUCUGAGCUGCUGGAUCUCUGAAGUAUUAACAGCCAAUCACAGAGCAGAUAGAAAAUGUAUGAUUCCCUCCCGCAAUCAGACAGCAGUAAAAAGCAAAUGGAAGCUGUUUCCUAACAGGGUGGGUUUAAAGUGGAGGAAGCUGCUACAGAAAUGCCUGGAAUCUCCAUGCCAAGCUACCCCUCAACUCUUAAAACUUAUCUUUGAAUACAUGAAGCCCAGUCUACCUUCGGACACCCAGGAGAAGCUGCUGUGCCUCUGCUCCAUCUACAUUCAGGAUGAUGACUCUGAUGGGUCGAUGGACUACAGCGAUCAGCCCAUUUACACAGUGGAAAGCCUGGAAUGGCGGCUAAAGCAGGAAUCUAAGGGCAGAGCUAAUAAUUCACGCGUUGCACCGGCCAUGGAGGAGGAUGAAGAGCAGACCACCAGUGAACACACAGAAGAUGAAGAGAUGAUAACACAGGAGUCUUAUGAGGAUGAAUAUAUCCAAGUGAUAAACAUGAAGAUGGCAACAGAGCGGAGAGCGGUGUUGCAAGGUUCCUCAUGGGGCAUCAGCACAGAAUAUGUUAAGUGGGGUGAAUACCCCCUUGGGCUAGUUCCAGGACAAAGCGAAGAUCCGGGUUGCCUUUUAGUGGACAGCUACUCGAUCAUGUCAGUGCUUGAACAACAGUGUACCGAGUCCAAGAAGAAUGGAAAUAAUGCUCCCACAAGCUCUACUACAGUCGCCGGUGCCUCGUUUGAACCAAUUCUGUGGAGCCAGGCAGAGCUGAACAAUAUUAAAGCAGGACUGAAGCUAUUCUAAGCACUUGCGGUCGUUGCUCUGACACUUGUGGCAGAAACGUUGGUUGGAUAGACAGCUGGAGGUUCCUCUUCAUCCAGUGGCAGCGAUGAGGUUGAGUUUCAGCGUGGGGGAUGUAUUGUAUCUAUAUGAACGCUGUGAUAGUUAUCAGACUCCAGUGAAACUUCAUACGCUCCUGGAACCGAAUUUCCGUGAAGUGAACAUUUGUUUGUUUCUUCUCCAAAGCUGUUUCUUAUUUUUACAUUUUGUACAAUUAAUGAAAAUUGUUGUCUGGGUUUUUUUUUCAUGUUUUAUUGAAAUACACCAUGUAUGCUUGUGCUGUAAUUUGGAGAAUAAAAAGCCAGAAUUUGAUUCUAGAGCCCUAC